AUGUCAGGUCUACUAGCUACUUCACUAUAUAUCCUGAAUAUUUCAAUUUUCACAAUUUGGUCAUAUUUAUUUAUAUUUAAUAAAAAUUUAAUACUGAAAUAUUAUUCAUCAUAUCAACAAAUUAUACCUAAAUCUCAAAUCAAUGAAUUUAUAAACUCAAAAUUAAGAAAUGAAAAGAGUCUUAAUAUUUUAUCAAUUGAUAUGAGCAAUGAUGAAGAGGAAGAAGAAGAAGAAAUCAUACAUUUUCAACCAAAAUUACAGCUGCAUCAACAACAAAAAAACACAAAUAAUGAUUAUGGAAAUAUAAUUAUUGGAAUAAUUUUCAGUGUCACUUUAUCUUUAAGUAUUGGAUUAAUAAUAUUAAUGAUGUGUGAAUUAGGUAAUUAUAUAGAUCACGAUACAAGAUUUGGAUUAUUUAAAUUCACAAUUGAUACAUUAAUGCUUUUACUUGUACUAGUGAUUCCAUUUUGUAGUAUAAAUUUAUUGAUUAAUCAGAAUUUGGCACCCAUAAAAAUUAACAAUACUAGAAAAGUAAUGACAGUAGUAAUAUAUGCAUUAUGGUUUUUAGUACUACACAAAUGUGGUGAUUUAACACAAAAUUUCAACCCAAGAUCAAGUUUACAAUCAAAUACAAGAAAUAUAGUUGAAAGAAAAAUAAAUGAAAUAUCAAUUGUUGGAAUAACUAUUUUAGCAAUUUUAUCAGGAAUCGGAUCUACAUCGACACCAUAUAGAACUAUACCAUUUGAACAAAUUUGGAAAAAAUAUAUACUAAAACAAGGUCAAGAUAGCUUUUAUAACAAUGAUUCCAAAACCAGUGAUAUCCAAACAGUUGAUAUCAAUUCGGCAAUUCAAAAUUACAAUAAUACGUCAAACCUUUUAUCGAAAAGAAAAUCAGAACUAAGCAAGUUAGAACUUUCAAAUGGUGGAACGAUAUAUAAUCUACCACAACAAAACUUAUCAUCAGAUAAUUUUUUAACAACCAAGUCACAAACUUCAAAAAAAUUGGGAUCGUUGAUUCAUAAAGUACAAUCAUUUGCAAAUUUACCAUUGAAAGGGCAAUCAGAAGAAGAAGAAUUAAAACAAGAAAUUCAAUCAUUAGAAAAUUUAAAAAAAUCAAUGUACAAUGAUUUAUCAAAAUUGAUCUUUAAAUAUUAUCAAAAUAGUCAAGAUAAUUUGAAUCAAUCAAAAUUAUUUGAAAAAUUUAUAUCAAUUGGAAAUACAGUGUUAUCAAUUUAUUGUGUUUAUAGAAUAAUUAAUGUAUUUUUAAUCAAAUUACCAUUACUAUACAUAUAUGGUGAAGAUUCAGAUUAUGAUAUACAUUCAGAAAUAAUUGAUGUUGAAAAUGAUACACCAACGUCAAAAGAUGCAUUAGCAAUAACAAUCUCAAAAGUCAUCAUUUCAAUAUACAAAAACAUACCUAUAUCAGAAUCGCAGUUAGUUAAUCAAUUAAGUUUUAUACUAUCAGGAAGUUUGUUUAUUUGUUCUUUCACAAAUGUCUUAACUACAUUCAAAUCAUUCAGUAAGGUUUUUCAUAUUUCUAGCUCCAGCAAAGAUCAUGAAUUAAAGUUUGCCAAAAAUUGGUUAAAACAUUUAUUAAUUGCAGAAUUAGUUGGUGUAUAUAUAAUAGCAACAGCAUUAUUGAUAAGAACAAAUUUACCAGAAAAUUUAUCGAAUCAAAUCUCAAAAAUAUUAUCAUUAAGUGGAAGCUCACUUAAAAACAACAACACCUCAAUAAAAGAAGUCAUGUUUAUUGAAAAUUGGUUUGAUAAAAUAUUUGCAUUAUCUUGUUUUAUCACAAUAAUCUUUUUAGUGAUAAAGAAGUUUAUUGAUGAUGAUGAUAAUUUAGAUUUAAAUUCUAGGGAUACUUUUGAUGAAGAACUGUUUUUAGAAAGUAGAGAGGAAUAUAAAUUAGCAUAA